CAUUCAUUCUGCAUCUGGUGUUGGGUGCUUGAGACAUGAGGGCGAAUCAGACGGGUCCCUACCCACCGGGAGUUCGAGGGAUGGUAGGAGGACAGGGACCCAAGCUCUAACAGUGACUGCCUAGGGCGGUAAAGAAACCAUUGAGGCAUUGGGACCCUGUAGACGCCCAGAAGGCUUCCCGGAGGAGGUGAGGCCCAAACGGAGCCCUGAAAAUGGUUAAGAGUUUGUUCCAGGGAGACAUUGCGGGGGCAUUCUUGGCGGAAGGACCUGAAACGUGAAAGAAACAGGCGUAUUCUGGUAAUUGCGAGGAGAGGUCAACAGUGUGGGAAGUUGGAGAGACCCAGCUGGAUGUGACCUUCAGGACAGAAUGGUGCUGGACUCGGGGGCUCAGGUGUAUGAGCAGGCACCCCCCAGUCUGCCUGCCAGUCCCCAGUCCCUGCACCAUAGGCUAAAGAGCCCAGACCGAGAUGGGCCACCCCUGUACCCCUGGCCUCAGUCCCUGGCUGUGCCUCUGGCUCUGGCAGUCCCCUCAGGGCUACAGCCCCAGCCUGAGCAGCAGCCCUUCUCAAAACUGCAUUUGGGCCGUGGCCACAUGCGAAGGAGUGAGAGCACCUACACUGUAAACAGUGCUGGCUGUCGAGGGCGUGGCACCCGGGGACCAGCCCCUCCUGGACAGGGACGGGGUGCAGGUAGGGGUACCCUGCGGGCUGCAGCCUCUCUGCCUCACAUUGCUAAGACUCGAAGGGAUGCAGGUGGUGGUACCAAGAGCCCCUGUAUGUUGGUGGCACUGAGGCCAACCAAUAUGGACCGUGAGAGGGACAAGUUCUUCCAGUCCCAUUACACCUACAACCCACAGUUCGAGUACCAGGAGCCCAUGCCCACCACUGUGCUGGAGAAGUACUGUGAGGCCUCUGGACAGUUCAUCCAUCAGGCAGUUGGAAUCAUUGAGGCUGUUCUGGAGAAGUUUGGCACCUAUGAACACUUUGAGGCUGCCACCGGGGGCCAGCUGCUGACUAAGUGCCAGAUUUGGUCCAUUGUGCGCAAAUACAUGCAGAAAGAGGGAUGCGUUGGAGAGGUUGUGGUGCAGCUGAGUGAGGACCUGCUGUCUCAGGCUGUGAUGAUGGUGGAGAACAGCCGACCCACACUGGCCAUCAACCUGACUGGAGCUCGCCAAUACUGGUUGGAGGGCAUGCUUCGCCAUGAGAUAGGCACUCACUACCUGCGGGGCGUGAACAAUGCACGGCAACCGUGGCACAGCGCCGAGGGCCGGUUGCAGUAUGGGCUGCGGCCAGCCAAUCCCACGGAGGAGGGUCUGGCCAGCUUGCACAGCGUGCUGUUUCGCAAGCAGCCAUUUUUGUGGCGCGCAGCUCUGCUCUACUACACCAUCCAUCGCGCUGCGCGCAUGUCCUUCCGCCAGCUCUUCCAGGACCUGGCGCGCUACGUGCAGGACGCUGACGUUCGCUGGGAGUACUGCGUGCGCGCCAAGCGUGGCCAGACCGACACUUCCAAGCCUGGCUGCUUCAGCAAGGACCAAGUGUACCUGGACGGCAUCGUGCGUAUUCUGCGGCACCGCCAAACCAUUGAUUUCCCACUGCUGACCUCGCUGGGCAAGGUCUCCUAUGAGGAUGUGGAUCACCUACGGCCCCAUGGGGUGCUGGAUAAUACCCGAGUGCCCCACUUCAUGCAGGACUUGGAACGCUAUCGGCAGCAGCUGGAGCACAUCAUGGCAACCAAUCGCCUGGAUGAAGCAGAGCUGGGCCGCCUGCUGCCUGAUUGAUGUUUAUUGAGGGCUAUCAGCAGAAGUCAUAUGCAGAGGCCUCCAGAUCAGCCCCCAGAAUAAGAAGCUGAUUGCUCUGUGCUUCUACAGCCUGGGUGUUUCUUGGGGGCAUUGGGAGGCCAGGAGCAUUCUGGAAGGACAGGCAGCAGCAUCAGAGGUUUUUGUCCCUUGAUAGUCUUCCUGGUGCCUGUGGACCAGGCAGCAUUUCUGGCAAAUUGUUGAGCAGAGGGGAGUCCUGGGGACAGGAGGGGGGGUGUUGAGUGUUAAUGGGAAUAAGGGGUGGUUUGGGAGUAGAAACUUGUUUUUGCAUGAGAUGCUUUGGGUGUCCAAUAUUCCAGUCUGUCCCUUCCCCCACCUUGCCCCUUGGUGCUCCUUCAGCAUUCCUGCUGUCUACCUCUUACUGGGUCCUGGUGGGGAUUGGGAUCCCUUCUUCUGGGGUGAUUGCCUGCGCCUGGGGUCUUGGCUUUCACACAGGCUCAAAGGGCAGGGGUCCUGAUGGUAUAGACCCAGCUGGGCUGGGGUUUGCUUUCCAGCAUUUUUGCCUCUUUCACUGGUCAUGUGUUUAUUCAAUACUUUUGUGUUCUACUGCCUGGAGCUUGGAGGUAACAGUGGAGGGACAGGACACUACUGGAAGGUAUCAAUUGUUCCUACUUUACCUUCAUUAUACACACAUGGACACAUACAUGCUGGGCUUCAGGUCUUGUGCAUCGAGCCCAAAAGCUCACCUGACCCUUGCACUGGCCUCUGCUCUUCCUGUCUUUUCCCACACUUUCCCAGUUGGUCUUAGGCAAGAGUUGGCAUAGCCUGGGAGCAGCCACCCGCAGGCCCAUUAGGUUUAUUGUCCUGGGCCAGGAGAAAUACACAGCUGAUUGUUGCUUAGACUCAGCUACUACGUGAGGUUGACCCAGUCCCAUUCCUAUCCCAGGCCUUAGUUUUCCCAUCUAUAAAACUUGGAAACACAGCUGGAGAGUUCUUAUUCAUUUAGUCAACACAUAUGUAUAGAGCACCUUGUGCCAGUUACUGGUUAAAAUUCUCACUGAACUCCCAGUUCAGAGGGAAGCCAGACAAUUAAAAUGGCAAUUAAAAUUA